GUGCUGUAUUUUUGGAUCAUUUUUAUUUCAGUUAAUAAUGGAUCAGCAGGAUGAACAGCUUGAACUGGUGUCUGGCAGUAUUCGUGUUCUGAAAGAUAUGUCGGGGCGCAUUGGAGACGAACUGGAUGAGCAAUCAGUGAUGCUUGCAGACUUUUCUGAAGAAAUGGACCAGACCAGCUCCCGAAUGGAUGGCGUGCUGAAGAAGCUGGAGAAAGUGUCCCACAUGACAAGCAGCCGUCGGCAGUGGUGUGCCAUCAUCGUCUUGGUAGUGAUAUUGGUGUUGGUGGUCAUCUUGCUUUUCGCUCUUUGAAGAGCGUUUUAAGUGUCUCUGGUUGCAAUGAAAUUUCGCUGCAAGAAGUAAUGAGGCUAAACCGUCUAAGAGAAAUUGCUAAUGAGUUCAUCCUUCACGGGAGAAAUUCUAGAGGAACCAAAUCAGAUAAGAAGACACUUAAGGGGAAGAAAAGUGAUACUUUUUGUAUCAGUUUUCACAAGUAUUUUUAUAUUUAUUGUUUUUGUAAAGACUGCAUUUUAACAUUGACAUCUUACCUGUAGCAUCUGGACGAAGAGGGCUUUAGGACUUGCCUCCCUAGCCACCUUGUAAAUUUGCUGCUGCUGGCCAGUGGCAGAUACACUGUGAGGAGUGGGGAUGUUGCCUGUCCUCUGCUGCUUGGACUCGUUCAACAAGUGACCUUAGUUAGCAGAUAACUGUACAAAUUCUCCUGGUGGUUGCCCUCACACAAUGGAUGGGCCUGCCUAUAAAUGCAGAGUAACGAGUUGGCAUAUUCCGGUUUAUGGGUGAGUGAUUUGUGGAAGGAAGGGAGUUCCUUCAGAAGAACUAACUUUUAAAAUACGGUACACAUGUUCUGAGCUUCCUUGUAGUAUAAAGAUCAUAAAAUCACUCGGGACAGAAAGUAUUGCAGGUGAUCCUACACUAUACGUAUCUAAUAUCGUAUCUAAUAUCAUUAAUAAAAGUUUUUGUUUUUUUUUAAUAUAGGAAAAAAUAUUUUAUGUUCUGAAUGUUAAGCUGCCAAAAAUAAAUAUGGCUUUUCUAAUAUU